GCCCUACGUUGUAUGCAUGUAAACAUUACAGCGUGUAGUGAGUAAGUCUAAAAUGGGGAAAAUUGGCAAAUUACAAAAGAGUAGAAAGCACAAGAAACUGAAGAACGUUGAUUCUGAAUAUUUCAAUGAGUCAAGAAGGAAAAAGCCUUCCAAUUUACCUCCAACAAAUGCUGAACAAGACAUUCCCAGGAAAGUGCAAACCAUAUCAAAAUUUAAAGGGAAAACACCCAGACAACUACAGAAAGAGUAUAUAAGAGAUAACAGCAAAUCAGGAAAGAAACAUGUUUACAUGGAGAGGGGGAUGACAAGACCACUAGCUGAACCUCCAAAAUUUGUUCAAGGAAAGAAAGAGAAGAAGAAAGAUUUCAUGAAGAGGGUGGAAGUGGAGACCAGGAAAGUCCUUCACCGUCACCAACUCUCUCAAAAGUUUAAGAUGGACAUGGAUGCCCUAGAAGCAGGAGAAAUUAAAAGAGACAAGAAAAAGAUGACUGAUGGCCAAAAAAAGAGAUUGCUGCAGAAGAAGCAAAAGAAGUCCGAGAAGAAGAGAAAGAAUUUUAAUGAGUUUGAUGAUUUUGAAGAUAAAGUGAAGUUCGGAGAAGUGGUCAAUGAGCCCCCUUCACUCUCGGCUCUACCCAGAAAAGCUGUGAGGGAGGAGUCUGUGCCUCGACCUGGGAAGAAAUCGCUACUUCUGAAGGAGAUCAUAGCAGAUAAUGCCUCAGUAACACCAUCAAGUGUUGGAUCGUCAUCCAAGCGUGAAAUCGGACAAUCAAUCAAGCGAAAACACCUGUCUAUGGCACAGCAAAGUAGAAUGGAUAUGGAAAGAGAGAAUGCAAUAAUGUUGUAUAGACAGCAAAAAAAGAGAAAAUUAAAGGAUUCCUGACCCAGUUCUUGGUUUUUGUGCUACAGCAAAGUUUGCCUGUCUGUUCUCCAAGCGUAGUACAUGUACAUCCUAAAGAUUUCAACCUAUCAGAAACAUAGGGAUGUAUAGUAUAUACCCAGUAUUUACCCAGUCAUCAAAUGUUGCACUGUAAAUGCUCUAAGCCAUGGGUCUAGAUCAAUUUUGCUAUGUUUUACAGAGAUCAGAUGUUCAACAUGGCUAGCAGGUGUGAGGCAAUCUAAUCUUUCUCCAUAAUGGUUACCGUCCAAUUCUUGGAAUGUGACACAGUUUUAUAUGCAAUGCUUGAUUUUAGAUUAAUUAUUUUAAAUCUCUGUCCAUCUGUUAAAAUCUUCUGCAUGAAUGUUUUACAACUCUGAUGGUUAUGCAAUGAAUUUUUUGGGAGUUCAAUUUGUUUUGGAUGACAAAUAUGUUUAUAGACUUAUAAUCUGUUGUCCAUCCCCACCCCCUUGUAUUAAAUAAAAUGUUUAUUAAGUGAA